AUGCCUCGCCUGGACUCCUGGUCACACACUCCUCACCGUGUCCUGCUGCUGCUACUGCUAUUUCGGCUACCGCUGGGACUUACAGGAGCAGCUGAGCGGGAGCUGAAGGUGAUUCAGCCUGAGAAAUCAGUUUCUGUCUCUGCUGGAGACUCAGCCACUCUGAACUGCACUGUGACCACUCCACAACCUGCGGGGCCCAUAAGGUGGUUCAGGGGUACAGGGCCAAAUCGGCAGCUUAUAUAUAGUUUCACAGGAGAGCGUUUCCCCAGAGUCACAAAUGUUACAGAUGCUACAAAGAGAAACAGCAGGGACUUUUCCAUCCGCAUCAGUGAUGUCACACCUGCUGAUGCUGGCACCUACUACUGUGUGAAGUUCCAGACGGACUUAUCAGAGUAUGGGAAGGAGCUUCAGUCUGGGGGAGGCACUGAGUUGUAUGUGCUUGCUGAACCAUCUCCUCCUGUGGUCUCGGGUCCUGCAGCCAGAGCUGCACCUGGGCAGACAGUGAGCUUCACAUGCAGGUCCCAUGGCUUCUCCCCUCGGAACAUCUCACUGAAGUGGUUCAAAAGUGGAAAGGAGCUCUCUCCCUUCAAAACUACUGUAAACCCCGAAGGAGAAAGCCCCUCCUACAGUGUCUCCAGCACAGCCCAGGUGGUGCUGAGCCCUGAGGAUGUCCAUUCUCAGGUCGUCUGUGAGGUUUCCCAUGCCACCUUGCAAGGAGGAUCUCUCCGUGGAACUGCCAACUUGUCUGACAUCAUUCGAGUUCCACCCACCCUGGAGAUCAGCCAGCAGCCAACAAUGGUAUGGAAUUGGAUACAUGUCACCUGCCAAGCAAAGAACUUCUAUCCUUCGGGACUUUGGAUGACCUGGUUAAGGAACGGACACAAGUCCCAGACAGAAGUGGCUUCUACACUCACAGAAAACAAUGAUGGAACCUACAGCUGGACCAGCUCGCUCUUGAUGAACGUAUCUGCCCAUGAAGAAGACAUGGUGCUCACAUGCCAGGUCAGGCAUGAUGGACAGCCAGCAGUCAAUAAAACACAUACUGUGGUGGCCACAGCACAUCAGCGGGAACAAGAUCUGAAGACUUCAGGUUCUGCUAAAAUCCUUGUAGCUGUGCUCUUUGGACCUAAACUACUGCUGGUAAUUGCUGUCUCUGCCAUGUACAGGCACAAGAAGCAGAAGGCCUGACU